AUGCUUCCCGCCAAAGUUCAGCCCGAGGUUCGCAAUUUUCGCAAGAUCACCAAGGCGAUGCUUGGCCUGACCACCACGGUCAAGACAGCCUUCUCCGUGGGCUUUAAGUUCACCGACAAGGACUGCGUCCCCGACGAGGAGGCUAGCAACCUCUCCGAGUCCCUGCGGCUGCAGGGCACAUACAGCCUCGACAGCAUCCGAAUCCAGACUUUCGUCACCCGGCUCUUCAGAUCAGCCAGAACCUGUCGUUCUUCCUACCUCCAGACGGAUGGGGAUCAUGAGAUGGAGAACCCAGAGUUCUUCAAGGCCGUUUCGGAUGAUAUUCGUGUCAAGGGCAUCGUCGGUGAUGGUCUCGGCCAGGCUUCACACAAGAUCGAGGUGUCGCCCAGAAACUGCAAGGCGCUCCACGAGUUCUUCGUCAAAGGCCGCAAGGCGUACCUCCGCGAUCUGGUCGAGAGCGAAGAGAUGAAGGAGGGGGUCUACACCAAGAAGAUGAAGGAGCUCAUCGAAGCCGUUGAUUACUGGAUGGGAUUCCUCGAGAAGGACGAGGAGGCCCGCCGGGGUGUUGCGGAUGACAAUGAGAUGUUCACUGUCUUCAAUGAGGUUGCUCUCUGA